GUUAGUGGUUUGACUCCUUAUUCUCGCUCGCCUUUGCGCCGCAACCGCGAAAAGGACAGGACACGAAGCCAGAUUGAAGUCCAGAUCCUUCUGGUGCAUCGAGAGAAUAACAAAUGUUUUUUUUUUCUUGCAAUCCAAAAAUACUGCUGAGAGUUGGUGCCACCAGGCUUCCCUGCAGGAUUGAUGAAUCAUUGUCGCCUCCAUCCAAAGGAAAGCACAGAAGUUCGGGGCUCCAUAGAUUUGUACCCAUUACUGCGCCCCUAGUGUCCACUACGGAAUUUCGCCCUUUCGUGAUGACUAGAACAUGCACGGUCCGAAAUUCACUGUUUAUCUUCCGUCCUCCGGUUUCCCGUAUUCACCUCCUACCCACCCCAACCUACAUCCGGGUCCGGCGCCGUCUCAUAUUUGUCCUGUCUCAUACGCGUGUUUCUUUGUCCACGCGAUGGAGAAUGCAAUUUUAGAGGCGCGCUUGCGCAUAAUGCUCACUGUGGGGGGUGGCCAGACUCGUUGAAUAGGAUGGUCUUAGCGACGAUAACAAUCACAGCCGCAACCAAUACUACAGCCGCAACCGAUGCUACAAUGGAAAGGGGGCUUACGGGAUGAUAGGAGUCAUUCAAGGUAGGUAGGUAAGGCAAGCAGCUUUGCAAUACCUCCAUUUUCAAAGAGUAUAAAGCAGCAAUUGCCUGCGUUUAUGUUCCCAUAUCUUGACAUUCCUUGUUAUACACAUCCCUUCUUCUUUCAAUCAUCGCAGCUAAGUAGCCAAGAAGACCUUCUUUUACCCUUUCAUAAAAUAAGCAUCGCUUGCUUCGCUCAGACAACCAAAGAUGUCGACUGCCCAAACAAUCCUCUUCCUCGGCGCAACCGGCGGCGUCUGCGGCGCUGCUCUCCAGCUCGCCCUUUCAGCCGGCAUCAGCUGUGUCGCCCUAGCCAGGACGCCAGCGAAGCUGACCGACAAAUACCCUUCCAAUCCCAACCUGACCGUCAUCCAGGGCGAUGCCAAGAACCUCGCGGACGUGAAGCGUGCCCUCGCCAAGCCUGGCGACGCGACAUCGCCUGGUUUGGUCGACAUCGUCGUCAGCUCCGUUGGAAGCUACCCAUCCAUGCGCAACUUUGGCGCCAACGAGGACCCGAAGCUGUGCGAGGAGUCCAUGACCGCUCUCCUGACCGCUGUGGAAGAGCUUAUUGCUCAGGGCGGCGUGCAGAAGUUGUCGCCGCCGAGGGUUAUCGCCGUCAGCUCGACUGGCCUCUCCGACUUUGGUCGGGACGUACCACUGGCAUUCGCCCCAUUGUACUACGUCAUGCUGGCUAGUGCGCACAAGGACAAGAAGAAGAUGGAAAAUCAACUGAUCGCCGACAAGGCGACUGGCAAGAAGACGCCGCCCGCUGCCGGCAGCGCGAGGCCCGAGUUUACAGUCAUUAGGGGCAGCAUGUAUGUUGACGGCAAGGAUGGCGGCAAGGCCAAACCGGUCCGUGUCGGUAUCGAAGACCCAUACAAGGGCAUUGAGUCGCAAGCAGUUGGGUACACCAUUGCGAGAGAAGACGUCGGCAAAUGGAUUUUCCACAACUUGCUCAAUGACGCCACGGGAGCCAGGCGGUAUAUCAACAAAAUGGUGACGGUUACAUACUAGGGUGACCAGGAUAAACUCUUCUACGAUAUCGCAUCUACCAUGUUCAUUUCUUUUGCACCUGUCCUGAAUGCCGAUUAUAAGAUACUUGAUAGAUUUAAAUUUAUAGAACUUCGCCACGUAGGCGGGCAGCGCA